GUGGAGUUUCUCGGCUCCUGCUGGCAGUGGUAGGCGGAACGGUGCAGCCAUGGCGUCUGCUAAAGGCAGCAGGACAAUCAGCAAGGAUGAUGUGAAUUAUAAACUGCAUUUCCGUAUGAUCAACGAGCAGCAAGUGGAGGAUAUCACCAUUGACUUCUUCUACAAGCCUCACACUAUCACCCUGCUCACUUUUACCAUCAUUAGUGUCAUGUAUUUCGCUUUUACUAGGGAUGAUUCAAGUCCAGAAGACAAUAUAUGGAAGGGCGUUCUUUCCGUGGUGUUCUUUUUUCUAAUUGUAAGUGUUUUAGCAUUUCCUAAUGGUCCUUUCACCAGACCGCAUCCAGCAAUAUGGAGGAUGGUUUUUGGCCUCAGCGUGCUGUAUUUCCUUUUUCUGGUGUUUCUGCUGUUCCUGAAUUUUGAACAAGUGAAAUCUGUCAUGUAUUGGCUGGAUCCCAAUCUACGCUAUGCCACACGUGAAGCAGAUGUAAUGGAGUAUGCAGUAAACUGCCAUGUCAUCACAUGGGAAAGGAUUCUCAGCCAUUUUGACAUCUUUGCAUUUGGACACUUCUGGGGCUGGGCUAUGAAAGCGUUACUAAUACGUAGCUAUGGACUUUGCUGGACUAUUAGCAUCACUUGGGAGUUAACGGAGCUGUUCUUCAUGCACCUAUUGCCCAACUUUGCUGAAUGCUGGUGGGAUCAGGUUAUUCUUGACAUUCUUCUGUGCAAUGGAGGUGGCAUUUGGCUUGGUAUGGUGGUCUGUCGCUUCUUAGAAAUGAGAACCUAUCACUGGGGAAGUUUUAAGGCAAUACACACGACCAGUGGAAAGCUGAAACGGGCAGUGUUGCAGUUUACUCCGGCCAGCUGGACAUACGUUCGCUGGUUUGACCCAAAAUCCUCCUUUCAGAGAGUGGCUGGAAUCUACCUCUUCCUGAUUAUCUGGCAGUUGACUGAACUGAACACCUUUUUCUUGAAGCACAUCUUUGUGUUUCAAGCGGGCCAUGUGCUGAGUUACGGUAGAAUUCUCUUCGUUGGUGUAAUCACAGCUCCAACUGUACGGCAGUAUUAUGCUUAUCUCACUGACACUCAGUGUAAAAGAGUAGGGACACAGUGCUGGGUUUUUGGUGCCAUUUCUUUUCUGGAAGCGCUAGUGUGCAUCAAGUUUGGUCAAGAUUUGUUCUCUAAAACAGUGGGACUGUACGUCAUUCUUUGGCUUAUUUGCAUGGCUUUCAUUACCUUCCUUUGUCUCGCUGUAAUGGUGUGGUAUGCUGAACAUUUCGGACAACGUGAAAAAACUCUUUCUGAAUGUGAAUGUGAAGAAACAAUCCACAGUACUGAUUCCUCACCAUUACAUUUUGAUGCAUAUGCCAAAGAAACUUGAGUGGAACACACUAGG